GAUCGCUUGUCAACGUGCUUUAAAAGGCAGUCCAAAUGCCAGCCUCAGAGUCUGUUGUUAUCCUGUUCCACUCAUACCUUUACUCGGUAUUUUACAGCCUAUAAUCAAUCCUCCACGCUCUUUAUUCAACGCUUCUAUAUAGCUACAGGUAGAAGAUGCAAUCCUCCGUAGCUGCGUUUCUCUUGGUUGCGACCAUAUGUAACACGUGGCUUGUCUCUGGACUUCCCCUCCCUCGGACUGCUGUUUACUCAAACACUCUGACGACUCGUCCUGUUCCGCCUUCUCUCGAAUCUAGAGCUUCUCAGGUUAUCGACAAUCCCGCUUUACGCGCCGUUGGUCUGGCGAAAGCGCCGGAGGCUGCUAAGGAUUACAAUACUCGUUCUGGCGAGCAUUCGGAAGACGAACGAGCUCCAUUCCCCAGUGAGAAACGGGCUAGCGACGACCAGACCGCAGGAGGAAAUGCGUAUACUGGAUCUUCUGGCAAUGUUUCUAGUGGGGAUAUCUACAAUAUCGCAGGGCCCGACAGCACGAUCACGAAUAAUGGUGGAAACAACGUCGGUAUCGCUGGUCAAAGUCUUACUGGAAAUGCUCGUGGUGGAGAAGGGAAGGGAAGGGGACCUGGCGGGAAUGCUUACACCGGCGACGCUGGUGAUGCGAAUGGUGGCUCUGUUCACAACGACGCAGGAGUGGUGGAGAAUAUGGGAGACUCAAACAACGCUGGUCAAGGAGGCGUGUCUCAGUCCGGUAUCGCUACUGGCGGUGGAAACUAGAUUCUGGCUUUGCAUCUACAAACAUAGAGUUCUGAUCUCCUACAUGUCGCAAUGGAUAUCUGUUCAUUAAUCCUCUUAUUUAAUGAUCCCUUUUUGGCAUUGGAACAUCAACGCACAUGGGAGUAUAACGUCUUUCAGAACAACGAAGAUUUAAGGGGAAUGGUGGCUGGGUAUAGUGACAAACGGAGGUAUAGAACCGAAACUGAGCGCAAACGACUGCUCAAGUGCUGGCAUGUGAAUCUCCACCUGUAGCACAUCCAGUCUCAGUUUCUCCAGCACCUCCCGCAUUGUCUAAGGAGAUUAUCAGUCAGCCUCGAUAGCGGGGA